CAGGGGCUGUUCGCGGGAGCUAAAAAUUGCAGUUCGUUUUUGCUCUGCCUCCUUCACAGGUUUUUGUGGACUUUCUGCUCAUGUUUCGAAGAAUCUUGGCGAGUUCUGCGCGCCAGAGAGAGAGAGACACGGACAGCCGUGCAAUCGAAGUUAGAAGCCGCGUGCGACGGUGCCUUCAACGAGUUGAACGUCGAUUUUUCUUCCGCAGAGAAAGCGGGAGAAAGAGCAUUUGAAAGGAAGCACUUUCGCUUUUUGGGUUGGUUGAGAACCUUGGCGCGUUGGCCUGCAAAAAUCUCUACGAGGCUCUGGAGUUUCGCUCGAGUCUUGUCAAAUUCACCCCUCCCGAACCUUGGUAGUAUUCCCCGGGAGGUCCGCGACCGGAUUCUCCCGCGUUUCUCGUUGUCCGUCGACUCACAGGUGUGCGGAGUUCCAUUCUUUUCCUCUGUUUUGCAGACGUCUUGAAGAAUCCCGUUAAACUCAUUAACUGCACGCUGCGACACUGUCCGUGUGUGUUUCCGUCGUCGUCGCCUUGCCGUUCGCGCGGUUCGCAAAGCUCCCGCAGCUCCUCGGCAGGCAGCAGAACAGAGACCUUUUCUCCCAACUCUCGAAAAACGGUGUCGCUUUUCAGAUUAACAAAAGCAAAGCCAUUUUUCUUGACGCUUCGUCCACUCGACCUCGGACGCACAGAGACAAAGGUGCCGUCUUGGUGGAGAAAAACAUGGAAACUGAAGGACUAGCCGUAUACGCGACGAGACUCUGGAAUCCACGAGGCCCGAAGGCACUUCCUGCCUUUGGGAUAUGAAGUUUAAAGCGUCACCGGUCUCCAGGAGCUUUCCAAAGGACUGAACGGAGACAAGCCAAGUUUCCAAGAGACAAUCAACUUGCGCCUCCACCGAGAGAGGCGCCACAAGAACGAGCUCAGUCUGCGUCGGCGACAGGUCGUUUGUGCAGCGGCGAGUCGAGCAGACAGAAGGCUCUCCAAGUUUCUGUGGGCAUCCACUCCGAUGCGGCACUGCAGAGGGGCUCUCGAGGUCCAGCUCUCUGUUGUUUUUCUCAACAGCGACAACUUCUCCUCCCUUUUUCUCAAUUGCCCCUCUGCCUCUCCCAUAAACGGAAGAAACUCCAAAAUGUUCCAGAGAGACAGACAAAGCCGUACAUGUCUCUUUCCGUUCCCUCCCUGAGCGUCAGUCCGCGACGUUUCCUUCCUCCCUUCUCUCCACUCUUCUCCCUCUCCCUCCCCCUGCCGAGAUGGAUGCGCAGAAGCCGUCUCCGUAUCACGGGGCGUCUCCGGUGUCUUGUUCGUCCUCCUCCUCUCGCUCUGCUCCGGUUGCUCUGCCGUCUCUGCUAUCUCCCUCCUCCUCUUCCUCUUCUUCCUCUUCUUCUUCCUCUUCUUCUUCCUUUCCUUCUUGCUCUGCUGCCUCUUCCCCUUCGCGUUCGGUAUGGCGCGACCCGGUAGUUCUCUUUCUGCUGGCGGGCAAUUUCUUCCUGUACGUGGACCGCGGCGUCCUGCCAGGCACCACUGUCGAGAUGACCGCCUUCAUCUCCGCGACGACCUCCACAGAGAGUCCUGAUACGCUCCUCGGCGUCCUCCAGGCUUCCUUCAUCGCGGGCCUCUCUGUGGGGUCGCCCUGCUUCGGACACAGCGUCCACCGGCAGCCGCCGUUUCUGCUCCUCGCGCUCGGCUUGAGUCUCUGGACAGCUGCGCUGCUGCUUGCCGCGCUCGCCUUCCCCCUGGCCUCCUUCCCCCUCCUGCUGGCAGGGCGCAUGCUCAGUGGCGUCGGAGAGGCCGCCUUCGUCGCCAUCGCCUUCCCCUUCCUCGCUGUGUACGCGGAGACCGGCCAGCGGGAGGCGCGAGACGCAGGAUCGAGAAGGUACGACGACGAGGAGGAAGAGGAGGGAGCGAGGCGCAGGCGCCAGGGGACAGCCGGCGAAGGAAAAGGCAGCUGCUCACGGGGAAGAAGGACUCGACGCUGCUCCACGGAACACCCCGGCGGCUUUUCGGGCCAUGCCAGUCGUCUUUCCUCAGCAGACAGACUCGUGACCGAGUCUUCCUCUCACCCUCACUCUCCCUCCUCCCCUCCGACCCCUCGACCAGCGAGACGGACAUCGGAUUCUUCGCAGACUUCUCCUCCUUCUUCUCCUUCUUCUCCUUCUCCUUCUUCUCACAUGUCGUCUCCGUUUCCUCGUCGAAUUUCAUCGUCUGAUCCUCAGAGUUCCUCUUCACCUCCGUCUUCUUCCGAGCGAGGGAGUUCACAGGGUCUCGUGCUGGGAGUGUUUCUUUGCAUGCUUCCUCUGGGCGUCUCUGCGGGCAUUGCAUGUGGAGCAGCGCUCGCGCGUCUGCUUCCAUCCGGCUGGGCGCCUGCGUACGCGUUUCUCGGCUUCGCAGGUUUCCUCCUCGCCUGCGCGGCCUACGCAAUUCAUUGUUCUCUCGAACGCAGUCCAAAGGCGGUCGAAGACCCAGGGAGAAGCGAGACGCGUGGAUGUCUCGUCAACGAACUCACGCCUGGCAGCGACGAAGAAGAAGACCCAGACGAGGGAAGAGCAGAAGACGGAGAAGAAGGAAAAGCAGAAGAAGAAAGGUCCUCUUUUUCCGUUCUCCUUCCUUGUUCGUCACGAGGCACUGCUGACGGAGAGCACUGGAUCAAAACGCAUGGCGAGGGAAGCCUUGAGGCUCCGUUCCUUCCUUCUUGGCCUCCUCAGCGUCCUCGAAACUUCUCUGCUUCUGCUUCUUCUUUCUCCCCCUCUUCUUCUGCAUCUUCGUCCUGUACUUCUCUCUCUCCUCCUCCACCCUCGUCUUCGCCUGCCGGGCAGAGGAAGCCUUCUUUGUGGGAGGAGACGCAGACGCUGCUGGCGUCUCCAGCCUUUCUGUUUCUCUGUGUCGCCUCCGCGAGCUACGCGUCCGUCGUGCAAGGCCUGGCGACUUUCUCCGCAAACAUUCUUCUCGGCUUGGGCGUCUUUCGCUCGGAGCUCGACGCAGGCCUCGUCGCAGGCGUCCUCGCGGCUUCUUCCGGCAUAGCUGGCUCCGCGCUUGGAGGAUGGCUGGUCGACACACUGACUACCCCAGCUGAAAGUCUCUCGACGCAGGAGAGAAGACACAGACAGAGAGAAGAAAGAGAGGAAGAAAGAGAGGAAGAAAAAGAGGAAGGAGAGAGAGCAGGAGCGAGUGAAAAAGCAGAGGAGGAAAGAGAAGAUGGAGAAAGAGAGAGAGAGGGAGAGGAGGGAAGUCGUGGGUUGAGUGAAGCGUUUUCUGGAGAGACUGAGAAAGGGCAUCAGAGCCUUGUUCUGUCUUUGUCGAAAGAGGGAGAAAGUCGACGCAGAAGAUGGAAAGAGGCGAGAAGCCAAGCAGAGCUGGGAAGCGCCCGCAGACGCGCAGGAACCAGCGGAUUUGUUCUUCCAGAGAGCGGAAAGGCGAGAACGAAGGUGGCGCCCGCGGGCAGGUUCCUCGCAGGAUCGGAAGACGAAAAUGAAGAAGAGGGAGGAAGAGAAAACGAAGAAGAGGGUCUCUCGCUUCUCGCGGCGAGAGAGGAACGGACUCCCCAGCAGUCAUCCACGCAUGCAACAGAGAUCUCGAGAGUGCUGAAACUUCGUCGCCUCUGCUGGUUGAAUCUCGUUUUCAUCUCCGUCGCCUUCUGCUUUCUCUCGGGAAGCAGUGUGGCUACCAGUCCUUGGCUCUUCCUUCUUCUGCAGCUGUGCGGCCUCGCGAGUCUCUACGCGACUCAGGUCGGAAUCAGUCUGGCGCAGAUGCUCGCUGUCCCAGAAGAAAACCGUUUCUUCGCGGUUGCCGCGUCCAUCUUGGUGAUGCACACCCUAGGAGACAUCCCCUUUCCAGUCGUCGUGGGCUACGUCAAGGAUCGCCUGGCGCCCCACUGCGCCCAGAUCUCCCCAGAGGACGGCGCGAGCGCUGCGUGCCGCGCAGAGGAGGCGGGACUGCGGUGGACGCUCUUCUUGAUUUUCUCGGUUCUUCUGCUCAUGGCUGCCGCAACGUUCGCCGCGAAGGCUGUCGCCGAUCGAAAAAUGCAGACAGAAGAAGCGGCAAACGCAGACGGAAGAGACACCAACGCCCGGCACCCAUCCGAAAACAACCCUGCUGACCUGUCUCUCACCCAUGGCUUCGCAGACACCCGCCAGGAUGUCUAAUAUGCAUGUAUAUAUGCAUAUAUAUAUAUAUAUAUAUGUUUUCAUGCAUGCCGUGACGCAUAUCCAGUUGCGUAUGUGCAUAUACAAUAUAUAAAACUAUACAUAGAUAUAUGUAUAUGUACGUGGGUGUAUGUACAGCGAAAGACGUGCCUCCACGUGUACAUGUAUAUAUGUACU